CUAGCUAGCUGCACUAGCAUCUGCAAAAGUAAGUUUUCUUCAUCAUGAUGGUUAUAGGUUAUGUAAAGGUUUUCAACUUGCCUCCUGCUAAUGUUUCUGGUGCUGUGUAUACAUUUACCUGUGUCCCAAGGGAUGUACAAAGUACAUGAGCAUAUUCCUUUCUCAUCAGAGAGGCAGAAGCAGAUCAGACGUGAUCAGAAGCUCAUACCAAAAACAAAAAACCAAAAAAAAAAAAAGAGAGAAAAUGAGGUAUUCUUCUUCCCCUCUUAACCAGAAGAACCGUGGUUAACACAGUUAUGUAGGAUAUGAAAAAUGAUGGUGUUAAUUGCAUACCUACCUGCCUCUACAAUUGGCAGCCUGCCUGCAGAAGACUCCAACCAUAAGGUUAAGUUGUCUUCUCUGAAGGAAAGAGAUGUCCCAGCCCAUUCAACAGAGACUAUGUCAAUUUUCAUGGAUACAUCUGUAUUCUCUGGCACAUGGAGGCAGAGAAAAUUAAUUCAUAUUUGUUCUCUGUGAGAUGUUCACUGAGAAGAAUGAAGCUUGAAUUUCAUUCCCUUGUGCAAUUACUUGCUAGGAGAGUUAUAACAACGGCUUAUAGAAGAGAGAAGAUAAAAAAUACUUAUUGCCAAAGUAGUCCAUAGCUACACAACCAAAGGAGCUGUAACUUUGUGAUUAACUCUGAUCAAGGAGCUGGCUUUUUGAAUGGAAAUCUCCUGUAUUGUGAGUGGGUGAAUGAGCAACAACUGAACAAUAGGUCAAUAGGCAACUUCAGGAAAAAGGAAGCUAAUAAGCAGAUAUGACCACCUGAGACGUGUCCACUGAUAUCCCUAAUCCAGCGAGUUUUAGCUGCUGGGGAUUAUGAGCAGAAAAAGUUGCAUAUAGUGGAUGGAUUCAAAUGCUGCCCCUAAUUAGCAUUGCCUACUUCCACUUCCAAAGGCUAAUUACUGGGUUAGGUGAGCUACUGACCCGAUCCAGUUCUUAUGUGCCUGUAGGUGAAAACUCCUCCCAGGGAAAAUGCUCCCCAUCUCACUGGCAGCCAAAUUGAGGUGCCAAGAACCGCUGCAGUAGUUUUGAGUGAAAGGACUCCGUACUUUGGGGAAUGUGACAAAUGCAGUGCAGUGAGAGUGUGUUGACCAUUUGUGGUAGCCUCAGUGCAACCCCAGGUUGCCUGAGCUUCAUGCAGUUGAUGGCCCACACGCUCCAGUUUUCCUCUGCCCGAGCAUCCUCAGUGCACCAGGCGGGCCCCAAGGCUUCAGACUUGAAACGAACGCACCAAACCUCACAUACUCAGGAAUUACUUGUUAAGGCAGAAAUAUGGCAACCAUCCCCUUGAGAGGGUAUAAUCUGGCAAGCUGGUAAGGGAAUUUGAGGAAUGCUAAGCCUCACAUGCAGGAGUGACGCACCGACCUGCCCUCCUCUGGCGGCACAAGACUCAGUGCCUGGCGACAAAGCCAAUGGGACAGUGUACGGUUGCACUCACUGAACAAAUGUUUGGUGCUUCCUUUGGGAUAAUGCUUUUUGGCGUUUACUGAUCACCUUUUCUUCAAGACAAAAGGAGGCUGCAUGUGCCAAGAGAGAGUGCGACCGCAGACUGCUGUAACCCACAUUGCUCUGGUCUCAGGCUUUAGUGCAAACUUCAUUGGAUCUACACAGAGCCACAACACGCUCUGCUGGGCAGGUUAAACAAACCACUCUCUAGUGGACUGUUUAAGCUGGCCCAAUGUCAAACAUGCCGCUUUUGGCUCCUCCAGCAGCAAGAUCAGGAGCAACUUCUGGAUCGGUGCAAGAGACCAACAGGAUGCAGAGAAGAUGAAGACUGGGGGAACCUGGUUGGUUAUGCCUGCUAAUUGGCCACGGCUUGCUGCCUUCGGGACCCAGACAUUUUUCAAAUGAAUGGAGAAAUAUGAUGGAUCUCAGAAAAACCAAGGUGCUUGUUUUCCUUGUGGGGCUCAGCUUUGCCAGCUUAUGUUAUUUUUACGUGAAUUUGACUGGACUCUCUAUGUUCUAUGGCAAAAAACAAAAUUGUACACUACAGGCAUUUAGGAGAAUUGAAGGAAACUUCUUGCAGCUCCCAGAUAUAGAUUGCCAUAAGAACCCACCUUUCCUUGUCCUGCUUGUGGCAUCCUCAUGUAAAGACAUCGAUGCCAGGAGAGUCAUCCGGCAAACCUGGGGGAAGGAGAGAACGGUGGCUGGCAAGCGCCUGGUGACGUAUUUCCUCUUGGGAGCCCCUGUGGAUAACGGGCAGCAGGCUGACAUCAGUGCUGAAAGCCAAGAAUACAAAGACAUUAUUCAAAAGGAUUUUGUGGACACAUACUACAAUUUGACUUUAAAGACCAUGAUGGGAAUUGAAUGGAUUCACCAGUUUUGUAAUCAGUCCAGCUUUGUGAUGAAAACUGACGUAGAUGUGUUUGUCAAUGUUUUUUACCUCACUGAGCUGCUUCUAAAGAAAAAGAGGACCACAGGCCUUUACACAGGCUUUCUAAAACUGCAUGAGCACCCCAUAAGGAAAAACGACAGCAAGUGGAACGUGAGGAUUGAAGAAUACUCGGGUAAGACCUACCCGCCAUUUUGUUCAGGGACUGGCUAUGUUUUAUCCACCGAUGUUGCUAGUCAGAUCUAUAAUGUUUCGGAGAGCAUUCCAUUCAUCAAACUGGAGGAUGUGUUCGUAGGACUGUGCCUUGACAAAUUAAAAAUUCAGCCGGAGGAGCUCCAUUCAGAACAGACGUUUUUUCCAGAAAAGAUUCCAUUCUCUGUUUCUCGCUUUAAGAAAAUUGUGACGUGCCAUGAAGUAAGCUUAUCUGAACAGCGAAGCUACUGGAAUCAGUUACUGACAGAAGAACAUGGGAAAGUGCUCUAGCACCUUCCCUGAUUGAAUUAACAAACUAAAAUGCUUUGAAUUUACAGGGCUGCUUUUGACUCCAGCAAAACUCUCAAUUAACUCUAGAUCCAUCAUGUUGAAGACAUUUCUUACGGUUGUUUUAGUCCCCAUUUCUGCCUCAGAGCACUGUAACAUCUUUCUCUCCCAUUCACUUCUGCCUCUUUCCAUCUCUUCUCUACAAAAGCGACUUCUUUUUUUUUUCUUUCUUUCUUUUUUUUCUUUCUGGAAGAUGCAGGCCCACAAGGCUGCCUUCUCCAUGGAUGAGCUCUCAAAAUCAUGCUGCUAUUGGCCAGGGAAUGUUUCUGCAGUGCAAAAACAAGCAAACAAAAAACAACAAGAUACUUUCAUUUACAGAAAAUAAUUGCACCCUCUUCCCUCUCUCCCUUAAGAGAUUACUGCAUAUGCUUCCAUCUGGGCAGGUAUUUAAGAAAAGUUCCUGUAGCUGUCAAGAUGUUCCCCUCCUGGCAUAGGGAACUGUAGCCGUGUACUUUCAGUGAGCUCUGUGUGGGCAGAACUGUGUAGUGACAGAUAUCUCCCAUUCAGGCUACACAGAUUUUCCUUCUGAGGUGGAAGAAUUUGCCCAUGCAGCACUCUUGGUACAGCUUUAGGUAUAGCAGGUUACUUUGUGAUUGUGUAAGGCUACCGCAUUAUUUCUUUAUGCGUUCCUCCCAGUGGAAAUCAUCAGGUGAUGGAGCUGGAUCCAUAUCACAGAAUCAAGCAUAGCCUGGUUGAGGCUGGCAGUGAGCUCUGGAGAUCACCUGGCCUGACCCCCGCUCCCGUAGUGACACCCAGGGCUGAGUUCCCAGGCCCAUGUCCAGGCAGCUCCUGAAGAUCUCUGAGGAGGAGACUUCAUAGCCUCUCUAGGCAGCCUGUGCCAGUGCUCCGUCACCUGUACAUCACAGAAUCCCCCUUGAGCCUUCUCUUCUCCAGGCUCCUGCUCUCUCAGCCUUUCCUUGUAGAAGUGAUGAUCCAGACCCUUUGUCAUGUCAGUGGUCUUUUGUUGGACUGUCUCCAGUAUGUCCAUGAGGAGCCUCAGUGGAGAGUGUCCUGGUCUUCGCAAUACAGUGAACCUAGGAGACAUGUUUUAUGUUUGUGCUUCGCUUUGAUGGAUUGAAAGCUGCUAUAAAUGGUUGAUUAAAGCUAAACUACAGUCCCUUUCUGCAGGGAGAUAAACAGUACAUCUGAUUUAGACAUUUUCCCUAUGAGGAACUGGUUGUGUAUGAUGGAGAAGUUAGGAGGAUUUUUCUUUUUUCUUUUUUAAACAAGACUUAGUGAGAAAAUGUGUCAAAGUAAUCAUUCAGACUACAAACCUCAUUUCUUGUUUGAUUAGCAAGAAAAACUCGGAACAUCUUUAGGGUAUUUUGGGGUUUCAGAGAUAAGGAAUUGAGCCCUUACAGCACAUACGGUGAAAAAUAUUUGGGUUCUGGGAAGGGAACAAGGAGUUCAUAAAAUCAUGCCUUAUGCAGUACUCCUAUUUCAUUAAAUUGCACACAAAGUUCAGUUUUGCCAUCAAAGAAGUAGUAAAAAUGUGAAUUUGGAAAACAAGUCUUAUGAGGAGUGGCUGAAGGAACAGGGAUUGUUCAGUCUGGAGAAGAGGAGGCUCAGGGGAGACCUUAUUGCUCCCUACAACCACCUGAAAAGAGGUUUGUGGAGAGGUGGGGGUUGGCAUCUUCUCCCAGGUAACAGCAAUAGGAUGAGAGAGAAUGGCCUCAAGUUGCACGAGGGGACAUUCAGGUUGAAUAUUAGGGAAAACAUUCUCAGAAAGAGCAAUGAGGCACUGGCUCAAAUAAAGUCAGGGGACUAACAGGGGUAAUUAGGAUGGGUGAAAAAGCAAAUAGUGUCAGCCUUCCUGAGAAUUUUUGAGGAGGUGACGUGGAAAGAUCCAGCAACAAAGAGAGCAAGGAGUGAUUCAGAUGUUUUGGUCAUUCAGGGUUUCCAUGACAUAUUUUCUAAUACAGUAAUUCUAAUUCAGAAAUUCUGAUACAGCAUUCUGUUACUUAGGUUUUGUUUAUUUUUCUUAUUUCUGUUCUUUUUAUUUAACUUAGUGACAGUUGUGUAAGUGUCCUUUUUCACUUACCUGUGCCUGAAGAGCAGGAUAAGUAUUUUCAGCAGAAACAUGCCCUAUCCUGAUAGAUGUUGAGAGUUAUAUUAUGCAUUUUCUUCUGAUGUAAAGUAAAUGGAAGUAAAAUGCACUGUUUUUUUUUGACAGCUGAUAAUGUAAGAUUUUUUCUUUUUCCUUUUUUUUUUUUUUUUUGGUGGAAGAAUAACCUGCUCUAUUUUAAGUUGCCCAUUCAGAAAAUAGCCACGUGUAUGGUAUUAGCAGGGAGGUGGCUAACCAUGGGUGAGUGGCACAGGAGGUGUUUGCCUUCCCUUAGCGCAUACAUCCAGGCUGAACAAACAGCAUCUCCAGCUUGGAACUGUAUCUGCCGUUGGACUCAAAACCCUGUUGUAGUACAUUUGCUUUUGUUCCUGCCUUCAGUAAGUGCAAAGGCUCAGACUGAACAGCCUAACAGCAGCAUUUAAAUCACUAUUAUUUCCAUGUAACCUGUAGAAAAGUCAUUUUUCUUUGCUGUUCACUGUUUGCCAUUAUUGUAUCCUAGAUGCAAGCUUGCUAUUGUACUACUGGAUUUACUGCAUUCAGUUCUGAGGCUUCCAGCAUAAGAAGGACACGGACCUCGGCAGGGUAGCCUAGGGGAGGGACACAAGGAUGUUCCUCUCCUAUGAAGAAAGGUUGAUGGAGCUGUGCUUGUUCAGCCUGGAGAAGAGAAGGCUCCAGAGAAACCUUAUAGUGGCCUUCUACUACCUAAAGCGGGCCUACAGGGUCUGCAGUUGAGGAUGGAUUCUUUAUCAGGAAGUGUAGUGAUAGGGCAAGGCAUAGCUGUUUUAAUGUAAAAGGGGGGAUAUUUCUAUUAGAUAUAAGGAAGAAAUUAUUUUCUAAGAGUGUGAUAAGGCACUGGAACAGGCUGUCCAGAUAAGCUGUGGAUGCCCUAUCCCUAGAGGUGAGAGAAUGGCCUCAACUUGUGCCAGGGGAGAUUCAGGUUGAAUAUUAGGAAAAAAAACUUUUUUUUUUCCCUAGAGUGGUGAGGCAUUAGAACAAGCUGCCCAGGGAGGUAGUGAAGUCACUGUCCCUGGAGGUGUUCAAGAAAUGUAGAGAUGUGGCACUGAGGGACAUGGUUCAGUGGGCAAUACUAGUGGUAGAUGGUUGGACUAGAUGAUCUUAGAGGUCUUUUCCAACCUUAAUGAUUCUGUUAUAACAAGGCCACUUUAAGGAAAAAUGUUAAGUAUAAAUGAAUGCUUUCAGGUCUCUCUCAAUUCCCAGUCUUGUAGAAUAGACUGUCUGUGAGCUGGGACAGCACAGUGCAGUUUAAUGUUCACCUUGGCCUCUUCUGGUACUAAAGAGAAACACUCAUCCAGCCCCUUGUGCAUCUCCUGUCCCAUCUGUUCACUGCAGCAUGUGCUUUACUUCCACCUCCGUGCCUGGCACCAGUUUUAUCCCCAGCUGUCAGGACCAGUCCAACCAAACUAUCCCAGAGAGCCUUUGUUCAGGCAGAAAGCUGUUUAUUUACAUACAGAUGAGUUUGCUUGUUCUCUUCCACUUGGCGUUGAGAUUCAAGAGGCACCUGGCUCCUGGGAUGGUGCUGCUGCUGGUCUUAUGUCAAGCUGAGCUUGUGGCCAAAGGAUAAAGUCUCCCAUUAGGGGACAGCUUUCCGGGGUGUCUGCUCUUGAGCAGCAUUAAAAUACAUCUUACUUGAACAGAUUCUGGCCUUGUAUCAUCACAGAAAUGUUACCUAUGAUGGCAGGCUCUGCUAGCUUUCUUGUCUACAGGUUUUAUUUUAGUUCAGGAACAUUCCUAACUAACUGGGGAAGGCGAUGCUAUUCAGUGAUAAUCACAUUUGCAGAAGCUACCCCUAUAUUUUCAGGGCUAAGUUCAUUGUUACUGAGCCAUUGGUUAUUAGGUCUUCAGGCGUGUUUAAACAAAACACUCCAUUCUGGAUGUUGUUUCCAGGGAGCAUAUUUGAAAUUUCUAUGAAACCUCUGCAAGAUGCCUACAAAUUACUGCAUUUGUAAUAUUUUGUCCCCUCCAAAUAUAUGUUGUUAGGCAUUUAAUGGCCUGUCAUACUGAAACAUUUUCCUUGCCACCACUAAGUCUGCAAUCAGCACAGAAUGAAAUAUUAUGGAUUUAGGUAGCUUGUUCCCCUUCUUACUGCAAAUUAGUUUCUGAAGUGAAAACCUCAGGUUGCUGCACAUUAUUUUUCUCAACGUACAAUUUUCUGUUAGCUGACAUAAAUUAGAAAUUGAUUUCAUAAUCCUUCCCAUUCCGUCUGUUGCUUCGAAUAAGAAUGUAAUAAAUAAAUAAAUAAAUGUCUAGUAUGAUUCUGCUGUAAAAGAUGAUUUAAGAAAACUAAUCAAUUGCACAUAAGGCAAAUGUAUUUGUUUAUUCAAAUACAGCCGCUGAGCUUGUCAGUUUAUACGUAUCAGCUAAAUGAAGCUAGCUUUUGCUGCUUAGGCCAUGGAUCAUGGCUUUUAAUACAAUCAGAACUCUUUAGUAGCCUUUUGCCAAAUUAUGUGUGUUUUCCUAUGAAAGGCCACCAGAGAAAGAUUGGAAAUAUAGCUAAGACAGCAAACAAAAUACUGCAGUGUACAUCUACUAAUCUCUUUUUUUAGGUUUUUUAUAGAUGAAUACAAGAAUUUAGAGACACUGUUAGCAGUUUAUCUGCACAAACUUAGAAUUUUUAUGUUUCUUGGAAAGGAAGAUCAUUAAAUUAGCUUUUUCUUUUUUAUGAAUAGAUUUGGAAAGUUACUCUGGAAACUUUCUCCAGCACUUCUUACUGAGUAACAAGGACUGCAGGAAUCAACAGAGCUGUCGGUGUCUAAGAGUUGAUUAAGUUCAUUUCAGCAUACUGUAUAUUUCCGACACGAGAUGAGUUUUGGAGCACAGAAAAAUAAGUACAUUUCUUGCAAUUCUAAACAUCGGUUAACCUAACCUCAGCUUAGGCUAGGACUUUCCAGCAUGUCCAUGAAAGAUGACUGAUUCAGCAUUACUGAGGAGGUAUCGCCCUUCCAGUCUUUUUUGAGAAUACGAGAUAGAUUUUUGCAGUCAAACAUUUGCCUUAUUGUAAAAGCCGAAUGGGAUACAAGGGCUAACUGUCCAUCAUGGAUCUGGCAGGGACAUUAUUCUUCUUGGAUGUGUGCAGGAUACUGGGUAAUGUUAAUUAAAAAGAAACAUGUGAUAAUGUUUGCAUUAUUGGCAUAGAACCUGAGAAUGUUGAUCUAGCUAUUCGAUGUAUGAUAUUUUAGUAAACUAUUUUGUUACCAGAAA